UAUAUUUCGGCCAUAACAAACCAUUACACCUCAACAAACACCGAUACUCAAACAAACCAACAGACAGGAGCUAAUUUUGGCCAGUCGGUCUUGUCUCCGACGCAUCGGCCGCACAGAAGGACGACGGGUCUCCGCGCAGAAACUAGAUUUCGUGUUCUUCUCUACACUUGCACUCGGGACGACUGGCGCCAUUCGGCGUUGGAGAGAUUGGAAGAGCAGUUGCAGAUCGAGGAAUGGUUCGGUUGAAAUGGUAGAUAUGACGACCAAAUGGUGUGGUCGCCAUUUUAGUGCCAGUCUUGUUACUCUGAGUUCAAGUGGUUUCACCAGGUUUUGUAGAUGCUGA